GGGCAUAUGACGCGAUAAGGCAAAAUGAUACAAACCCAGGUUGGGAUUGGUCACGGACCAGCGUCGUUUUCCCGACAAAGUCAUAAGACCAAUGAUGGUUGCUGCGUUCUCUUUUUCCUGCAGGAUAUGAAGUGAUGGAGACUUGAAUUUGCGUAUUAUUUUCCAUUAUUUUGCUGAAAGAGUAUACGAAGCACAGAUUAUCGCGAGACUUCAGGGGGUUGUUUGUUAUCUACCUCGUCCGAUAAAGAUAGAAAAAGAUGUCGUCAGCAUCAGUGGUUUCCUCCGACGGACCGAUAGACUCAAAAGUCGACGUUCUGCAGCUUCCCGCGGUUACAGCGGACCUGCGGCGGCAGUUCUACAAAGACCUGCAGAGCCUGACACAGUAUGUCGAUAGAGACCUAAGGCAGAGAAUCACAUCCGUCCACGCGAACUCGAAGCAUAUUGCGACGCAGUCAAAAGAGAUCAGAGUGCGGACCGGUGCGCUUGCAAAGGACGCUACAAAGUGGGAAGAGUUGUCGGGAAAAGCAACACAGGCGUUGAAGGAAGCUGGAGACGUACAGAACUGGGCUGAGAUCCUGGAGGUCGAAAUCAGCGCGCUCGAAGAGACGAUGAGAAUAGUGCGAGGAGAAGUCGACGACGAAGAUGAAGAGGACGCAGCAUUAUCGUCGAAAUCAUAGCGCAGUUAUAUCAUGGCAGCUGAUUGCAGCUGGAUAUGAAUGCAUCAUAGUCGAGUAGCUUGGUAGUUGGAUUAUCUGGUUGUUUACAUU